UUUUUAACUAGUAGCAUAGCUGUAAUUGCGCCCGCGGUACGCUUAUUUGAAAUUCGACUAAUUGCCUAGGGGAUAAUCGCGCAAUUGAGUAAUAAUUAUCGUUGUAUGCGGCAUUAAAAAUAAAUUGAAUUUCGGUGUUCAAUUAGUCUAUCUGUAACGCUCGUAAAUGCUAUCUCCUCGCUAAGAACACUCCAUUUCGCUUCAAGUAAAGAAAGGGAGAGUUUGUGCAAAUUAAUUUUCAAAUUCGGAUCGAUCGUCAGCAAAUUUAAAUUUUUACCGAAUUAUUCUUGCAGUUGACUGAAAAUUUCCAAUAUGGUUUCCAUAAACGAAUCCAUAAAUAGCCAAAAAACCCAACGGUCAUUUUAUGACUUCGUUUUCACUGAUCUCGCUGACAAGAGAACGAAUCAUUGGUUCCUCAUCAGCGAUCCAGGACCCGGCUUGGCUAUUUUGGGUUUGUGGCUGUAUUUCGUACUCAAAAUAGGCCCCAAAUGGAUGGAGAACAAAAAACCGUUCCAAUUACGAACCGUCUUAAUCGUAUACAAUAUAUUCCAAGUGAUCAUAAAUAUAUACCUGUUUUACGAGGGAGGACGAUUAGGAUGGUUCGGAAAGUACAAUUAUAAUUGCGAACCCGUCAAUUUUUCGCUCUCGCAAACCGCUUUAGACAGUGCCUCGAUGUGCCACGCGUACUUUCUGCUUAAAAUGACCGAGCUCGCUGACACGGUGUUCUUCGUGCUGAGGAAGAACAACCGGCAGGUGACGUUCCUGCAUCUCUACCACCACACGGUGAUGCCAAUGGCCGCUUGGGGAGCCACCAAGUACUUCCCCGGCGGGCACGGGACGUUCAUAGGCUUCAUCAACGCCUUCGUGCACAUAAUCAUGUACGGGUACUACUCGUUGGCGGCCUUGGGACCCGGCGUGCAGAAGUACCUGUGGUGGAAGAAGUACAUAACAACAUUGCAAAUGGUCCAGUUUUGCAUGGUUUUCAUCCAUAACAGUCAGCUGUUCUGGUUCGAUUGCGGGUAUCCCAGAUGGACCGCGUUCCUGACGCUUCCUAACGCUAUAUUUUUCUACCAAUUGUUCAACCAGUUUUACAAAUCCUCUUACACGAAACCCGCUAGCGUCAAUAAAGAUGCUGCGGUUAUAAAGAAUGGUAAAAUAAAAUAGUUAAUAGCGA